CCACAGCCAAAACCCAGAUAUUAUGGAGAAUGGAACUAGCCACAUGAGUACCGUGUUUUAGUAGUUAAUUGUCUAUCUGUUAAAGGCAUUUUAUAUUUUUAGGGCUUCUACCUACAUAGGGUUUCAAAGAGGAUGAAGUCUUCAUCUUUUAAAAAGAAACAUAGUAACUUCUCUUUGCAUGAAUGUAUAACUAUUGUACAAUAGCAGUAGAGAUAGGAUUCUUAAAUAAAUGUUUAGCAAUGACUCAAGCAUAAAGACCACAGCGCACGCACAAAAACUUAAGAUCCUUUUGUGGAGGAAAAACACAAUAUUCUCUGAAUGCAUUCAUCUUUGCCGCAAACGUUGCAUGCGCAUGCUACAAGGAGCUGUAAGGGAAACACUUGGGACAUUUAGCUGCAGUGUUGUUUCCGACUAUGAAAACCUGAUUGUAGGCCAUUCUUUCUCAUUUCAUGACUAGUUAUGCUUUUUAAAAACUGUUCUGAGGACAAUACAGUUUUUUUUGUUUGAGAAUAUAUUUAUUGCCGCCUUUAAAUAAGCAUAUCAUAAGACAGUUUAUCUGGAAGGGAAUUAUUUUUCUGAAGUGAGGCAAAUACUGUAACUUACAGGACUUUUUUUGAUACUUAAUGUAUGUCUCUUCCUCUGUAACAUAAUUCCAAAUAAGGCAACAAAUCUUUGCCAGUGAGGGAAACAUGGUAUGAUCUCAAUUUGUAUGUCACUUAUCUUCUAAAAUGUGUCCACCUUGUCUAUGUUAAGUGGUAGGGGUUGGGAAGGGGAGGGACUUAUUCCCUAGUUACUCUUGGUUGCUUACUUGAAUUUAUUAGGUAGGUUUUUCAUAUUAUUGCAUGUACUGUAUUCCCUUUUUUUUUUUUUUACUUACAAUUGGUAUUUGAAUAUAAAAAUGGGACCAGCAUUUCUAAUAUUCUAGUUAUGUUGUGUUUGUUUUGAAAGAGCUGGUCUCUAAAGCAGUCUGUAAUGUCCAGUCUUUCUUUUUCAUCUUGUUUUCAAGUGUUAAGCUUAGAAAGAGAUUUAAUUUAAGAUCGUCCUUCCAGUGGCAACAGUUGAAAUGUUAAGGUGAAUAAUUCAGAAGUAAGUACCUACCCUGUUCUUGCAUAUCUGUUACUCCUGGGUUUUGUUUGAGUCUUCACCUGACCCUAUGACUUAGGAGAUAUUUUCACACUGAAUUCAUUAAGGUCUUCAGGGUGUGAAGAUAAAACUAACUCUGGGGCAGCUGUUCAGGACGUUCUCUAGCUGACAAAACAUGACUUGCAAUGUUACCGGACCAUUUCUUUUUUUUACAAUUUUAAUGAAGGUUAAUUUUGUGUUACUGUGAUUCAUUAUAGAUGUUGUUACCCAGUUGUACAGUAAAACUAAGUAGUUUCUUACACUAUGUGAAUCUAGUACAUGAGUAGUAGGAAGCUUAUGGAAAUCAUGUCUCUGUAUUUUGUUAGCUUACAGUUGUGAAAUCAGUUGAUGAUAUCUUACUCACAUUGCUAGCAAGCUGAUCUCGUUUUGUUGGGCAUCGUUACUGAUGCCUCAGUCAAAAGGUCAAAAAAUUGAACAGGCAUCCAAGACUUACCUCUGACCACUAGAAGUCAUAGAACAAAACUGAGAUGAAUAUAGCAGGAAGCCACUUCAGAGGAAGCUCGCCUUGCUGUUGUAAAUGUUUUGGGGCAAAUGCUAGUUUUCUAGUGAUGCUUCAUCUGGCAAAUUUGAAGAGUAAAUAACUCCUGUUAAGAAUAUGUAAAAUAUACAGGCAGUAUUUAACCAGAUGAAACCAAGCAAAAUACAUUGCAACUUGGUCUACAAAGCUGAAUUGUAUAGAUACCAAGUGUUCACAAUUGGGGUGAACUUCCAAAGCAAUGCAUGAGGAUUUAACGUUCGUCACUCUUUAGGAAAUCGACCUGUUAAUGCAAAUAAAGACCUUAAAUUGAUGAUCACAAAAGUUUGUUAUUUAAUGUUCCAUGGUUUUCUGUAUUGUAAUGAACAUUUUUUAGGCUUUAUUUUUUUAAUAUUAAGAUUGUGCACACGUGUAAAGAGUUCCUUAAGCCAGGCUCCCAGUGUAUGUUGUUAUAAACCAAAUCACUGAGUUGCAUCCUGCAGAAUAUUCCUCCAUCCUCAUAGUUAUGUAUGGCUUUCCAGCGAAACUUCUAUCUAUUGUUUAAAAUAUCUUCUGUUAAAUAGUCAGGAAUUUGGUGCACUACAUGUUUAGCUAUUACAACUGCACAGUAUUCCAGCUUUACCUGUACAUGUCUAUAGAUGGUAUUAUCAUCAAGUGUUAUUGGAUUUUUUCUUUUUUUUUACAAGCUAUGUAAUCCAUAGAAAGAAUUUUUGUUGCCUUUUAGGUGUCUUCUGUGAGAGAUUCUCCCCUUCUCCCAGUCCCCAGUCUUUGUAAACGUGGUAAGAUAUUUCAGCAGAACUGGAAGGACUUUUGUUCCUUAAGACAUCAAAAAUCAGUGAAUGAAUGGCUGGUCUUAAAUCUGAUAAAGUUGUAUAUUCAGUCACGCUUAACUGAAAAAUGGAAAAUUAGUCACUUUAUUUCAUGAAAAAGUGUAGUGGUUUAAGUGAAUCUUCCCUUAAAUGUCAUGCUAUAAAUCAGAAACAUGCGGUACAAGAAAUUGAAUCACUAAAUGUAACCAGUGUUGUUUUGCUAAAGACUGAUGUAAAGAAAAAUAAAUUGUUUAUUACUUUGCAUUACAACUUGCUCUGGUUCUUUUUUUAUAACAGAUGGAAAUAACUGCAGGUGCCAUCGAAACAAAAACCAUUAGUAAAGUUGGUGAUUUUGAUGUGAUUUGAGAAAGCCUCCAUAGAGGAACAAAUACGCAAAUUUGGUUUUGAAGCAUGAAGAUGUGGACUAUAGACAUGUUGCAUGCAGGUGAUGCUGACUGGUUGCAUCAUCUUUGCGCAUCAAUGAAGAGUCCAAAUAUGGCUUUGUUCAAGCAACAGAAGGUGGAGGACGUUUAUGAAAUCGGGGAAGAGCUAGGAAGUGGCCAGUUUGCCAUAGUGAAGAAAUGCCGAGACAGGAGCACCGGCGUGGAGUAUGCUGCAAAGUUCAUUAAAAAGCGUCAGAGUCGGGCCAGCCGUCGCGGAGUGAGACGUGAGGAAAUUGAACGGGAGGUGACUAUUCUGCAGCAGGUCCUGCACGCCAACAUCAUCAAGUUGCACGAUAUCUAUGAGAACAAGACGGAUGUGGUCCUCAUCCUUGAGCUGGUGUCUGGAGGAGAACUUUUUGACUUCCUGGCACAGAAGGAGUCUUUGAGUGAAGAGGAAGCAACCAGAUUCAUCAAACAGAUUUUGGAUGGUGUGAAUUACCUUCACUCCAAUAAAAUUGCGCACUUUGAUUUAAAGCCUGAAAACAUUAUGCUUCUAGACAAGAAUAUCCCUAUUCCGCACAUCAAACUCAUUGACUUUGGCCUGGCUCACAAAAUAGAAGAUGGAGUUGAAUUUAAAAACAUUUUUGGGACUCCGGAGUUUGUAGCUCCGGAAAUAGUAAACUAUGAACCGCUUGGAUUAGCUGCAGAUAUGUGGAGUAUAGGAGUCAUCACCUACAUACUGCUUAGCGGUGCAUCGCCUUUCCUUGGAGAAACUAAACAGGAAACGCUUGCCAACAUCACAGCUGUGAAUUAUGAAUUUGAUGAAGAAUUUUUCAGCAAUACCAGUGACCUAGCAAAGGAUUUUAUUCAGAAGCUCCUGGUGAAAGAUACACGGAAACGGCUUACAAUUCAGGAAGCUCUGUCCCAUCCAUGGAUAACGCCAGUGGACAAGCAACAAGCUUUGGUACGGCGAGAAUCUGUUGUUAACUUGGAAAACUUCAAAAGACAAUAUGCCAGAAGGCGAUGGAAGCUUUCUUACAGUAUUGUGUCAUUUUGCAACCACUUAUCUCGUUCGCUGGUGAAAAAGGUCCUAAUACAGGAUGACAGUUUGAGAAAUUGUGAAAGUGAAAGUGAGGAUCUCUCACAAAGAAACACCACUCAUCUGAGGAGAAGCAGCAUAUCGUAGCGUAAUUAGGAUUCCACAGGCGAGAGGCAGAGGAAACUUUCAUCCUUGCUGAAACAGGCAGCCUGACAGCAGACCUUGACUUACUGUCUGAAUCCUUGGUAUGAUGCUUCUCACUUCUCCAACCACGCCAACAGCGGGAUAUUGUUAUUAAAUGUCUACCGAAUAUUUUAUAAAAUUGGGGAUCUGAAUUCCCAGGGAUAUCCUACAGCACAGACAGCACUGGAGUGCUUUUGUAUGUUGAGCUUUUCACUGAUACUUCAAUUUGUGAUACCAACUGCGCUCAGGAUGUAGGGUUUCUACUGAUGUUCUUCUCCUGCAGCAUGGUUCACAUUCUGCACAACGAUUAAGACUGUGUGCAUUAUUAUUGCAGGCAGGGAAAUUGUUAUUGAGUCUUAUGGAAAUUUUGUAUGCAAUUUUUAUUUUUGUUAAUAGUAUAACUAUUUGGGGGCAGACACCUGACAGGUAUUGUUACCUCUGUGCAGUAAUUACUCUGUUAUUGCUGUCAUCUGAGAGAAAAUCAUAGUGCUGUUACCUGUCAUGACGUUGAUUUCAUGGACCUAACAGCAUGCCGUUCUCUAUUGCAGUAAGACUUCUGCUCUGGCCAUCAUUGCUGGCUAGUGGAUAGAAAGCUAACACAGCUGCCCUUGCCGUUUUGAGAACAACUGAUUCUUGCAACUGAGAGGAUGGGGUUGGGACAGGGUUGUUUUUUAGUAAAAAAGAGAAAAACUCUGUAGUGACUUACAGAGGUUGUCCUGCACCAAAAUACAACAUUGUUACAGAGUGACAGUGGGAUGCUUCACCAAAGCAAAACAGGACAGACAGAGGGACACACACACACAACCAAGAAACAUCAAGAAACAGUCUUUAUUAGACUUUGCUAUUGUUUUAAUUUAUUGUCAGUAAACUGAAGAUUCACUAACCCUUGUUUACACAUAACCCAUAUAGGUGCUGUUUACAUACGAUCCAAACAGCAAACGUCUAUGUUUUAUUCAAGGGGAUUGGAACCAAAAUUGAGGAUAUAAGCACUUUGAUACUGAUAAACUUCUUUGCGCUAGGAAGUUGCAUCAUUUUAACUAUAUUAGUUUCUAAACCAGUAUUGUUCAAUUGGUACAAAAAAUGUGCACAAGCUGCGCUAUUGCUUUGGGAUUUAAUACUGUAGUUUUAUUAAAAGUUUGUAUUUAUUUUGCCAUUUAAGAAAUUACAAAUCACAAAGCAAGCCUACUAGAAGCAAUUAUAGAUCGACAAGGACACUGAUUUUUGUCUGCAAUAGUAGUCAUUUCAAGGUUUCGGUUUUAGAGCUGAAGGUGUGAACUAGCGCUGAAAAUUAACAUCAGGUUAAUUUUGCCUGGCUUCCAGUUUCACUGAGAAAUAAUUUAAAAUAAGUUAGUUUUAUUUAUAGCUUUGUAUCCUCGCUUGGGCAGAGAUAAAAAUGCAGUUGAAGAGAAAGUAUUUCUGUGAGAGAAAGGAAACGUACAAGUAGCAAUGAAGGAGAGAGGCAGAAAGUAGGAUUUGAGAGGCAGAAAGCAGGAUUUGAGGGAAGAGACAUAAAAGGAAGGAGGUGAGGAGAAAAGCAGUGAGGAGGAAUGAAGAAAAAAGGACAUGUAGGGAGGGAGUGGAAGUGAACAAGGACUAGAAAGGUUGAAGGAGGGAGAGAAUUAAGAUACACCAAUUAUGGAAGCAAGAGAAUUAAUAUUUCAGCAAAUACAGCACUGCAUUUUGAUACUAUUUCUGUAAUUUCCUUUUAUUCCAUGUCUUGUGCUGCCACGGCCGGUGAAACCUGCCUGGUCAAGGGCUGAGGGGUACCUGAUCUUCUCUUCACAAGCAUUUAAAAGGUGAUUUCUGAGCUUUCUGUGUAAUGUAUAUGAGGAAGAAUCCAAGUGAGGCCAAGAGAGUAGCAGGUAUUACACAGGUAUUAGCAGAUCAGGCUAAGUAUUAUGGAUUAGUUUAAGGUUUAUUUUCAUUCGCUAGUUUGUAUUAAAACAAGAAACUACUUUUGCUUAUUAGGUGUUUAAUUCAAAUCUGCUGCUGGGGUUAACAACGCGGGAGAGUUUGUCAGCUUGUUUUUUCUCCCCGUCUUGGUCAGUCGGGCAGUGUCAGAACUGCACAGCUACAGGUUUUAUCCCCCGUCUAGAUUUUCUAAUAGUUUUUCUUCUCAUAAACGUUGCCUCACUACAGGCACCUGGAUACUAACUUUGAGAUGGAUCACCAGCCAGCCUACCUUUCUUUUGACUCCAUUUUAAGUCCGGGAUGCUGUGACAAUUUAACGCCGGCUGAGGGCCAGCUCCGUUGUUGCUGCUGUUUCCCCCCUUUUCUGACCGCCUUGACCAGCUCUUCCCACCCCUGAGCAGGCUGCAACUUUGAUUUGAACCUUCCCGGCUCCCAGGCUUAAAGGCUUCAUGUUUUUAGUAACUAGAUAUCCUUGCCUCUUUGUCAAACUGGGGUUCGCUUGGCAGUUCCCCUUGCCCUCUCUCCCCUUUCCUCUUCCCUAGACUGAGUGCUAGAAAAUUUAUUAAACAGUACAAGGGGUUUUACCAGUGAGGUCAGCUCCUCUCUUAGCAAGGCCAGGUACGACGUGGCAUCGCAGCGCGCUGCCUUUGCCUUACGCAGCAGCGUUUCUGCGCAGAAACAACGCGUUAGCAAGAGCUGAAGAGACGGCCAAGCAUUUACGAAACAACGUCCUGCCAUUUUUUCCUUUGCUCUCAAUGCAGUUCUCUUUUUCCUACAAGGUUAAAUAACCUUGGAAGUUAAUUUAAGUAUGUGAGUGAUUAUGAUUUAUUUAAAUUGAUAAAUAUUCAUAUUUAUUUCAGCAUAUUGGGAAUCUGAUUUUGCCUUCUCUUCUAUAAAGGACGUUUUACAAAUGCAAAGCACCUGGUCGUAUGUGCUUAAAAUGAUGCCUAACUGCACUACUGUUUGCGUGGCAUAAUGAGUUACGGGGUUCUUCACAUCUUCUGAAAUUCUGGCCCGAAUUCCCUUUUCAUUUGAGGUAGUUGGACGUGAACUGCUGAACGCUGGGUUCUUUUUGCACUGUGCAUCCAUACCGCAGGGACCAACCAAAGUAUAUUCUAUUUUGAUUAACAAAGAAGGGCAAGGGAAACGUAAUUUCCCUUUUCUUCAGUGGAACGAUUCUGAUGUUUAAACCUUGAUUUUCAUAAAUUAUGUACAGCCUUGUUAAAGGUUUUAAGCGCUGACCCUCAUAUUCAGUAUGUUUUUUGAAUUUGCUACGCUUUAUAUUUGUCACCAUAUUCAUGUUUUACUGUGUCUUUUAAUUAACGUUAUGAGAAUUUUCUUCGUUAGAAUUUGAGUUUGGAUUGCUUUUACCACUCGUCGUCCUGUAGAUGAGGGAACACAUUUUCAGUGUAUUGUUCACCUAGCUGCUUUUUAUAUGGAGGCCGUGGGAGCUGUACGCAAAUGGCACGCCUGCAAACUUCGCCCCGGUGAGGUCGCUGAGAGGUGGUUGCAUCAGAACCGCGGGCGCUGAGAAGAGGGGUUCCUUGUUAC